GAUAAGCAUUCAAUCUCAAACCCCACUACAAGGAAAAACAGUUACCAAAACCAAAAACCGAAGCCGAAAACCUUCGAAAAUGAGACUCCUCAUCGUCGCCGCCGCCGCCGUCCUCCUCCUCCUUCAAGUCUUGGCUGCCGGGGCCACCCGCACGGAGCCGCUGGUCGGGGGGUGGGAGCCGAUAAAGAACCUAAACGACCCGUACGUCCAGGAGAUCGCCAAGUUCGCCAUCAAGACGCACAAUGACCAGGCCAAGACGGGGCUGGUGCUGGAGAAGGUGGUGAAGGGCGAGACGCAGGUCGUGGCGGGGACGAACUACAAGCUCGUCGUCGCGGCCAAGGACGGGGCCGACACGAAGAACUUCGAGGCCGUCGUUUGGGACAAGCCGUGGGAGCAUUUCAGGAGUCUCACGUCGUUCAAGCCCGUUUAGGGCAACGCCUGAGUCGCGUUCGUGAAUAGUUUAUAGUGAUAUUGAGAAUAAAACAAGAUCUGGUUUUCAUUUCUUAGGAUGGACGUUGUAAUCUGAUCUGAUGGCCCGGUUUUGUUUGAAACGUCUGGUGCAACUUGACUGAUCAUAUGUUUUAUCUUUCCCUUUCUUGUUCUGCUUUUGCUUUUCUGGGUCUGGUCUUGCGUGAUGCAACAGGCAAGAAUUUCGUGAAGAUGGAUCAGAUUAGGUGAGCUGAGAUGAGAGAUCUGCAUAUAGCUUUUGUCUUUUCCUUGGAGGAGUGCUUAGAAAUUAUUCAAAUUUUGAUCUUUGACGGUGGGGCAAGCAGAUUUAAGGGAUAUUUCGGACGAAUUACAAUCUGCCGAAGGUAAGUUCUUGAUGAAAACUCAGAUGACUUCGGGUGAAAUAUAAGAAUGGAAACUCUUCGUUGUUCUGCAACUCAGCAGUACCAUGGCGAUCACGUCGUCGAUCGCAGCGCCAUGAUCACCACUCUUAGGCGACGACUGCUCGGUUAUCACAUCUCUCCGGCGAUUUCUCUCUCUUCCGCCUCGGAUCUACGGCCUGAAUGUGCAGGACCGCCCAUGAUGGAUGUCGGGAUUGCGGUCGGCGCGGCGUAUGGCAAAAUGUCUCUCGUCCUCUUCCCCUCCAACCCCGCUUCCCGUAUUUCCUUUUCCUCCAUCGCAAUGGUCAUGAAGGACCACCGCAGCAAUGGCAACCACCACCGUCGUGGUGGUCAUCGUGGAGACACAACCACCAUAAAGGUGGUUGUUGCCAACAAUGGCUACUGGCUAUGAGGAUUUAAAAAAAAAAAAAAAAUCAAGGAUCAUAUCUUAUCGUAUUCUAUCUUAUCAU